AUGAGCGAAGUACUUCUUGUACUUCCCCUGGCGCUCUUAUGCAACAAUGAGGACUCGGAGAACCUCUCUGCAUUCUCAUUUUCUGCUACCCACUCGUUGAACUCAAAGGGAGGACUUUCCGGGAACGACAUUGUCGCGUCCGCGGAUGAUUCUCUGUCAAGGCGCACUGAUCCUCACCCACAAACUCUCGACGCAGAAGAAGCUUACCAACGCAUGUUACUUAUGCUAGAAUGUCAGUUGGAGUUUAUGACGUUAGCGCAGUGGCGUCUUGCAGUGGAGGCACACCUCAAAAAGGAAGUAUUGCAAGGCUGGAUGCGAACUGUGACGUUGCAGGAGGUUCUUUUACAACACCAUGUGACCCGCCUCGCCCACGUCGGGAAGAGCUUUAGGUGCCCUGUGGGGAACCCCACACACUGUCGGUGCAUGCAGGAUGAGUUCUUCGAAUGCGAGUACGUUGCGUUGCAAGAGGCAGUGGAGUUCUUGGAUGUUUGGUCGAAGCUUAUACCAGCACGGCUCUCUAUGAUGCAGACACCCACGUUUCUCGCUGAGGCCAUGUCAAACUCACGAGACGAGGGGCAUGCCACAUUCACCUUUGCACCAAAGUUAUUGACCACAGCCAGUCAGGACAAACAGAUGAAGGCGCUGCGCAAAACUGUUAGACGCCUUUGGGGUGAUCUUGCUGCCGUUCACGACGAGGCAGAGGUGCUUAGUUUUACACUUGAGGAGGAAGUGAAGGGGGGCGAGGCAGAUGGAGCCCAAAGUGCUAGGAAUACAAGUGGAAGCUGCGAGGAAAACGGUUCGGAGCAUGCGAGUUACGCCGUUAAUGUCAUGCGGUUGGCUACGCGGCAGGUGGACGAGCUGCGCGGCAGAGUGUUUGCGCUUACGAAGCGGUUGCAUGAGGCGGAACAGUCCCUGGAGAGCACCCAACGGGUCUUGCUGGAUGAGAAGGAACGCAGCGCACAUUUACAACAACUUUUGAACACCACAGAGGAGGCGGCAGUGGCAGCAUACUCGCAAUGUCAAUUACACCUUUCGAGAGUCGAUGUCCCUCUCCAACAGGACGACGCUGAGAAAGAGCCAGACAACACACCGGGGACGUACACGGUACGAGUGCUAGAGGAGCUUCAACGAUACGCGCUAACGUUGACCAAGGAAAUUGUUUGGCAGAAAGAGAGGACACAACGAGAGCUGCGUGACCGAGACGCGGUGCUUGAGAUAGUCUACCCACAGGUAGAGAGACUGGUAUCCCUUAUGCCACGCUCUUUGCCUUUGCUUGAAUUGAAAACGGAGGGUGUCAACAUGAUGAACAUUACUUCUAUGCUGGAGGGCAUCAUUAUGGGCGUGACAGGCCUGAAGACUUACCACGACGAGGGCCACGCGAGGGGCGUCCAACUCUUUCAGCCGAUCUCGCAGCCUUCGGAGGCGGCCACGUUGCAAUCAACCAUUGAACACAUGCGUUCAACAAUUGAACUGCUACUCUGCGAGAAGGGUAAAAAAGGCGAUGCCCAUUUAUGUGUUGGUUCUACCGUCCCUGCUGUGUCUGUUGCAAACGGUCGCAUGGAUGUUCUGACGACGGUGCUGCGCCGCCUUGAAGAGGUGCGGGGUGAGAAAAUAAUGUUGGAGCUGGAGCUUGAGGAGAAGCAAAGACGUCCCCUGCUGCAUGGAAGUCAGAAGCCACGUCAUGGACCCACCACUGCGGAUGACGCCGACGGGGGAACAGGGUCUGGCGAUAACACAUGGGUGCAGUCUGUUCACCGCCUUUCUGAGGCCAACACACUUUUGCAGGACGAAUUGAAGCUGGAGCGGGAAGCUGGGCUGUCACUGAAGGCGAGGCUUACAGAUUCAGAGCGGUUUAUACGUGAGCUACAGAAACAGUGCCGUCGACUGCGCCAGAGUGGACGCUUUGACGCCUAUGAGAUCAUUGAGCAAUCGGGGUGUGACAGCGAUGACGAUGACGCGAAGGCGUCUGACGGCGGCAGCGGUGAUGAUGGCACGCCUAUACCUCUCAUGGAAGCACGACAAAUGGGGGAGGAAAAGGCUGUAAGGGGAAUGUGCCCAGAUGAGGCUUUGUAUGCGGCGCCCUGCCUCAGGUAUCACUCGAUGCCCUCAACAGCGUCAAUAGACACCUCAUUUUCGCUGCGGCCGCUGACUGGGCCCUCAGGCCCGUGCACGUCCAUUUGUCAGGGAGAACAGAUUGCUUGUGUGCGGGAUCAGCGUCGAUUGAUGAAGGCCGUGCGGCAUGUACACGGCAUUAAACUCUCCACACUCUUCAUGAGCAAAGAACAUCAUUGGUCGUCUUGCAACCCACAUGACAUUUGGAAUAUCUUUCUUGCCUGCAGCAUCUCUUUGCACACAUUUUUUAAAUCGAUUGGUUUUUCUGCAAAAGUAGCACGACACGUGGCAGUUCUUUAUCCGCUUCCACCCACUAUGACGCACUCGCUGCCUGUGCGUCAGCUUCUGUGUCCCCUCAAGGGCCGCCGGAGCUCAUCGCAUGCGAGAAACACUGGACCACCCGUGGAAAUUUUUGACCUUCGUGAAGAGUUUAAAUCCACGAGAAAUUAUCUGCGAGGGUGCAUGGAUGUUUGUUUCUCCCAAGACGGCCGCUUUAUGUAUGCACUGGCUUCGGCAGACGCUGAUGUGAUUGCACGGAUGUGUGCACCCGAGUGUCUCAACAUUCCUGCAGAGCACCAAUUCCGCUUCUCUGGCUCGCUACCGAAAGGAGUUUCAAUCUGCAACAAGAGUGGCAACGACGGUAUCGACAUGAUUAACCACGACGUUACGUAUGCAGGCGAGGCGGAUACAAUGCCGCUUUCAAUGGAUAUGUUGGGUUGGUGUGGACGCGGCGGCAUUUGCGCAUGGGCUAUGGAUUACAUGCAAUUUGAUUCUGCAGCAGAGCGGGACCGUUUUAAGAAGCAUUUGCGGAGCGAGUACCGCCUUGUGUUAAAUCUUUCUGCAACAGAGGUGCAAAACUUUGUGGGUGGCAGUGUGGAGUUGAUGGGGCUUAACAGUGCCGGCAAGACCGUGGCUCGUCUUUUUAUGUCAUUGACGGCGUAUGAGGCGCUCUCGCCGGUGCACCGCAUUCAGCUCUUGCAGUGGUACGGUGGACCGCAAGGUGUGACGCUGUUAAAUGUGGGGAAUAUUGAGCGUGUGAUGGCUGCGCCUGUGCGGCGUCUCGUGGUAAUGGUGCAGUGGCACGGCCGUGUGCCGCUCUCCAAGACGCCUCCACGAGAGACUCUUGAGCGGCUUGGCUUCCAUCAUCAAGAACAACAUCAUCUGCCGCGGAAGGUUGAGUCUUCAUAG